CUGUAUGGGAUUGGAUACAUAUUUUGUUUCCCUAUAUAUUAAGGAGCUUGAGUUGCUUAGAAAUGGGCAAAAUGUAAGAACUAACCAUCAUAAUACAAUACAGACACCCAUGUUCCAUUCUUCCAUCCAAAUAUGCAUUAUUUCUCAUCAAACCCGUUCCUGAUCAUUCCCUUCUUGCUCUUCUUCCCCACUACUUGUGUUAUUUCUGCAGGCCCUCGUCAUUUAUGUUUUGGCAAAAACUCUACAAGCCCCACUUAUGAAUCCAACUUGAAUGACCUGGCGGACCUCCUCCAAGCCAAGGUUUCCCGUACCGGCUUCGGAGUUGGCUCAGUCUGCCAGGGCCAAACCCGAGCCAACGGCCUAGCCCUGUGCCGGGGCGACACCUUGCGCUCAGCCUGCAAAGCCUGUGUCGUGGAGGCGAGCAGAGCGAUCGAAGACGGCUGCCCCUCCAACCAAGCAGCCAUCAUAUGGUACGAUCACUGCCUCUACAAGUACUCGAACGAGGAGUUCUUCGGGGAGAUCGACAACAAGAACAAGUUCUAUAUGUUCAGCAUAAAAAAUGUGGAAGAUCCGGACAGUUUCAACAAAAAAACGAACUAUUUGCUAAGCCAGUUAGCAAAUGGCUUAGCAACAAAUAAAGCUUAUGUUAAUCCAGUUUUGUAUGGCACUGGGGAGCUGGAGCUUGAGGGAUCAAGGAAACUGUAUGGACUGGUGCAAUGCACCCGAGAUCUUUCUAGCAGUGACUGUAAGAAGUGCCUUGAUGAUGCCAUAAGUGAGCUUUUAGACUGCUGUGAUGGAAAAGAAGGAGGGAGAGUGGUUGGCGGCAGCUGCAACUUCAGAUAUGAGAUCUACCCCUUUGUUAACACUUGACAUUAAUCAAAAAAGACUAUGGAAAGCAAGCGUAGCUUAAUGAUAAAUAAUACUGUUUGUGAAUCCAAAAUCUCAACUUUGAAGUUGAUUACUGUACUCCCUUAUUAGGUUUCCAAUGCUAACGUGAUGUAACAUAUAUAAUAAUGUCUAAGUGGACAUUAAUGUUUGACGUUAUGUGGUUGAUGAUGGUAUCAUUAGCGCUUCCUCGUUAGAGGAGAAUGAAAAGACCAUGUGUCAUU